GAUUGAAGAAGAGUUCAGCUUCUCGGCUUGUUUUUGUGUCACAGUUUCUCUUCUUCUGCGCCUCUUCUGCUUCGUUCCUUUCUUCCUGCCUGUCCUCUCCUCCCCUCUGCAGGAGGAGCCCCCCUGGGAAAGGGGAAGGAAAAGGACCCCUCAGAGGAGAGAGAGAGAAGAGAAAAGCAGGAGGAGGAGGAGGAGGAGGGAGCAACCAACCAACCAUCUUCCACUCCCAGCUUAGAUUAAAGAAAGUGAGAGGAGGAGGAGGAGAGAGAGAGGAGCCAAGAAGAGGGGGACAGGGAGGCCCAGAGGAGCAGCUGCACCGCCUUCUCCCUAUGAAGAGGACUCCUUUCCCCCUCAAAGAGAGGUCCUGCCAGGGGGACCCCAGCCAGACCACCUCGGCGGCAACAUCACCACCACCAGCAGGGGGGACUAGAGGGCUGAAGAGGAUACUUGUUUAGCAAAGUUGGACUACUGGAAAGAACAAAGUUUUUCUUCUUAUUAAAACGAGCAUCUGAAGGUGUGGGGAUUUGGUAACCUCAACAGAGCAAGAAAGUGGAGAAGGCAGAGAAUGGAGUUGCAGACUCUACAGGAGGCUCUGAAAGUAGAAAUUCAAGUUCACCAGAAAUUGGUUGCCCAAAUGAAACAGGAUCCACAGAAUGCUGACUUGAAGAAGCAGCUUCAUGAACUCCAAGCCAAAAUCACGGCUUUAAGUGAAAAACAGAAAAGAGUAGUUGAACAACUCCGAAAGAAUUUAAUGGUAAAGCAGGAACAGCCUGAUAGUAAGUUUCAAAUACAGCCAUUGGCACAGACAGAAACUAAAAUACAAACAUCACAGCCUCUACAGCAGCAGCAGCAGCAGCAGCAGCCACAGCAGCAGACCACAGCACCCUCUCCAAACCUGCUUGGAUCACAGAAAACUGUAACUACAGCUUCUAUGAUCACCACUAAGACACUACCUCUUGUUCUGAAAGCAACAGCAACCAUGCCUGCCUCUGUUGUGGGUCAAAGACCUACAAUUGCCAUGGUGACUGUCAUCAACAGCAGCCAGAAAACUGUCCUUAGCACUGAUGCACAGAACACACCUGUCAACCUCCAGACAACAAAUAAAGUCACCGGUCCAGGAACAGAGGCAGUACAAAUAGUGGCAAAAAAUACAGUCACAUUGGUUCAAGCUACAGCUCCUCAGCCUAUCAAAGUGCCAGAGUUCAUCCCUCCUCCCAGACUUACUCCUCGUCCAAAUUUUCUUCCACAGGUGAGUCUGUUCAGAAUAGAUGGCAACUAACCAAACUGUGUAAAACCUCCCCCUAUGCUUGCUGCUCCUCAACUUAUUCAGAGGCCUGUGAUGUUGACCACAAAGUUCACCCCCACCUCCUUACCCUCUACACAGAAUUCUAUACACCCAGUUCGUGUUGUGAAUGGGCAAACAGCAACCAUAGCCAAAACUUUUCCAAUGGCACAACUCACCAGCAUUGUUAUAGCAGCCCCAGAUGACAGGCUUGCUGGACCUCAGACUCUACAGAUCAGCAAACCAAAUGUUGAGAAGCAGACAGUCAAGCCCCAAGUAGAAACAGAGGAGAAGCCAACAGAGAUUCAUACUGUUACCUCUCCUGCACCUCCCAAGCCAAAACGAGAAGAAAACCCACAGAAACUUGCCUUUAUGGUUUCUCUUGGACUUGUUACGCAUGAUCAUCUGGAAGAAAUACAAAGUAAAAGACAAGAAAGAAAAUGAAGAACCACAGCAAAUCCAGUUUACAGUGGAGUUGUUUUUGAGCCUGAGCGCAAGAAGAGUGCGGUCACAUACCUGAACAGCACAAUGCAUCCUGGGACACGUAAACGAGGUCGUCCACCUAAAUACAACACUGUGCUGGGAUUUGGGGCUCUCACCCCCACAUCCCCUCUGUCCAGUCAUCCUGAUUCCCCUGAAAAUGAAAAGACAGAGACAUUUAUUUUCCCUGCAACUGUUCAGCCUGUAUCCUUACCCAGCCCCAGCUCCAUGGACGGUGAUAUCCAUGAAGAUUUUUGCAGUGUUUGCAGGAAAAGUGGCCAGCUACUUAUGUGUGAUACAUGCUCACGUGUAUAUCACUUGGAUUGUCUAGACCCACCUCUGAAAACAAUUCCUAAGGGCAUGUGGAUUUGUCCCAAAUGUCAAGACCAGAUGCUGAAAAAAGAAGAAGCAAUUCCAUAGCCAGGGACUUAAGCAAUUGUUCAUUCAUAUAUUGCGUACAAAACAGCAAAAGAAGAAGAAAAACAGAAAUUACUAAAGUGGAGUUCAGAUUUAAAGCAGGAAAGGGAACAAUUAGAACAGAAAGUCAAACAACUCAGCAAUUCUAUAACAGUAAGUAUUAACCAUUGCCAGGUGAUCAUUUAUUUGUAUUUCCUUGCUUUUCACUAAGAAGAACCAUGAAAAGGUGAUCUUUUAAAUCCCAUAUCAAUCUAGAGGUGAGGGGUCCUUGGUGUUUUCUGAGCAGUCACCCAAUCAAGGAAAUGCCAAACCUGCUAACACUAUACAGCCCAACCAAAGAACCACCAAGACCACUCCUACCAAUACUGACAGGACAAGUCACUGGAAUACAAAUGACAGCAAACCCCCACUCAAUACUAGCACGGAUGAUAUUACCUAGUUUGAGUAAUGAAAUGCCUGCAAGAAAACAUAAAAGCUUAGAGAACACCAAGGACUCCUCAUUUCAACCCUGAUCGCAUUUUGAGUGCUUGGUAACUCACUUGCAUGUAUGAUGCACUCUUUUAAUUUGUUAUUUUCUUUCAAACUCAGCAAAGUUUAUACAUUUCAACAAACAUGUUGGUUAUUUGUAUACUAUUCAGUUUCAAAUUCUGUUUUAUGUUUUUCAAUUUCAAUUAUUUUUUAUCUACCUUAAGUCUCUUAAUUGUGCAUGUGAAAACCAUUGGAUGCUAAAUUAUGAUAUUCUUUUGUAUAGAAUUUUAUUUUCUUGGACAGAUUGUUCCUGUUGGAUCAAGGUGUGUAUAUGGUAAAUCAGAAAUAUGCCACAGAUAGACAGAAAGAAAUUUCAGCCAUUCAAAGAGAAGAAUUUGGUGUUUAACUUGCUUUUUAAAAUUGAGAACCCAAGACUGAUUAUUUCACAUUACUAAAUUUGGUAUUUUUCUAUUGUUAUCUAUAGUACAGCAUAAACAUACACUUUAUUGCCAAAAGUUUGGUCACCUGCCUUUACUCGCAUAUGAACUUACUGUAAGUAACAUCCCAUUCCUAAUCCAUAGGGUUCAAUAU